UUAAGUUCACCCGUUUGCAGAACAACGCACUCAUCCUCGGAGUCUGUCAGACACUGGUGCGUUAAGACAAUCGCGCUCCAAGUCGGUUUUACGCACGGGAGCAGAUUGUUUUCUCUGCACUUCUCUCAGUUGAUAGACUUUGUUCAUCUUGGCAAGGUAAAGUCCAUUUAGAGACUUUAACCCUCCCGCGAGAAAGCAGAAAUAACUCCCCCGUUUCACGCGUAAUUUGGCACUAAACUGUUUUUCGUAUGAAUCUCCUCGACCCUUACCUGAAGAUGACGGAGGAACAAGACAAGUGUAUCUCUGAUGUCCCGAGCCCGAGCAUGUCCGAGGACUCCGCGGGCUCUCCGUGCCCGUCCGGCUCGGGCUCUGACACCGAGAACACGCGGCCGUCGGAGAACGGGCUGCUCGCCGUGGACGGAGAGUUCAAGAAGGACGAUGACGAUAAGUUUCCCGCUUGCAUCCGCGAGGCUGUGUCCCAGGUGCUCAAGGGCUACGACUGGACCCUCGUGCCUAUGCCAGUGCGCGUUAACGGAUCUUCUAAGAACAAGCCUCACGUUAAGAGACCGAUGAAUGCCUUCAUGGUUUGGGCUCAGGCUGCGCGGAGGAAGCUGGCGGAUCAGUACCCACACCUGCAUAACGCGGAGCUCAGCAAAACUCUGGGGAAACUCUGGAGACUUCUCAACGAAGGGGAGAAGAGACCGUUUGUGGAGGAGGCUGAGCGGCUCCGGGUGCAGCACAAGAAGGAUCACCCAGACUACAAAUACCAGCCCCGGCGAAGGAAGUCUGUGAAGAACGGACAGGGCGAGUCGGAGGACGGCAGCGAGCAGACGCACAUUACCCCAAAUGCCAUCUUUAAAGCUCUCCAGCAGGCGGACUCUCCGGCCUCCAGCAUGGGAGAGGUGCACUCUCCUGGUGAGCACUCAGGCUCCCAGGGGCCUCCUACUCCUCCCACCACCCCAAAGACUGAAGUCAGCUCAGGCAAGAUGGACCUAAAGCGUGAAGGAGGCAUCCGCUCUCUGACCGACGGCCCCGGCGGGCGCCAGCUCAACAUCGACUUCCGCGACGUGGACAUCGGCGAGCUGAGCAGCGACGUCAUCUCCCACAUCGAGACGUUUGACGUCAACGAGUUCGAUCAGUACCUCCCGCCCAACGGGCACCCCGGCUCCGUUAACCCGAGCAACGCCACAGCGGUCACUUACACCGGCAGCUACAGCAUCAGCAGCGGUGCCCCGGUGAGCCCGCAGGCUGCAGGAGCUGCUGCAGCCUGGUUGGCUAAAAGCCAGAACCAGAACCAGCAGAACCAGCAGCAGCUCACUCUGGGCAGCGGAGCGUCAGAGGCGGUUCAGGCGCAGCACAGAACGCAGAUCAAGACGGAGCAGCUGAGCCCGAGCCACUACACCGAGCAGCAGGGCUCCCCGCAGCACGUCACCUACAGCCCCUUCAACCUGCAGCACUACAGCCCCCCCUCCUCCUCCUACCCGGGCAUCUCCAGAGCGCAGCAGUACGACUACUCCGAGCACCAGGGGGGAAGCACCCCCGCCGCCGCCGCCUCCUACUACAGCCACGCGGGGGCGGGGCAGGGCUCGGGGUUGUAUUCGACUUUCAGCUACAUGAGCAGCACCAGCCAGAGGCCCAUGUACACGCCGAUAGCCGACAACGCAGGGGUGCCCUCCAUCCCCCAGAGCAGCCCGCAGCACUGGGAGCAGGCUCCAGUGUACACCCAGCUCACCCGGCCCUGAUCCGAGACAACACAUACAGAAAGACUUUAGCGCAGGGAGAGCUGCUCCCUCAAUCAGACACUUGAAGACGAAGAAGAGGAGAGCUGGACUUGUGAUUGGCUCACGUCGUGCCUUGUUAUUGUAUCUUGAUAGAAACUAUAUAUAUAUUUUUAGAGAGAUGAGACUUAGGAAAAUCCUCUGUGAGGACUUAUUGACUGUUGAUAUUUCAGUAGGUACUGUGUAUGUUUCUCUUUUUGGUUUAUUUCUUCAUACGCUGGCGGUUUGUAACCCGUGGGGGAGGGGGAGGGUAAUUAUUUGUACCUGUAGAUAUAAAACAAAAAGCUUUAUAUUUGAAGCAGUUCAGCAGCUCCCCACCAGGAUUUCUGUUGGUCUUUAGUCGCUUGCUCCUCUCUGCCGUUCAGAGAGGAUGGUUUGUAUUUAAGCUGUUUUCUUUUCUCCAGUAAUGUGUCAUGAUCAUCGGAAAAGCCCUGAGGCAACACAGAGAAAGAGGCUUGGUGUCACAAUGCUGGGGGGGGGGGGGGGGGCUGCAGCCCUUUCCACCAUCCGUGCCUUGGAUAUUUUACAUCUCAAACUUUUUGUAUGCUUGCGUGUGUGCGUGUGUGCGUGUGGAUGGCCACAGCUGAGAUUACACUUACCGUGCAGCAGCGUGUGUUUGACAGCUACAGGAAGUCACCUUUGACCCCUGCGGUGUCCCCCCCCCCUGCAGACUCCCACCAAGCUGGUGUCCAAAAUGCUCCCUCCUCCCCCCCUCUGGUCAAACCCAGUUUGAAACUUUAUUUAUUUAUUAGCUUUAAUUUUAUUUCAAAGUAAUUAUUUUGCAUACUAUUAUAUAACUAAUGGAUUGUCCUGUUUUUGUAGAUUUCAUAUAAUUUCCCCCUUUUUUUAUUUUAAUUUUCAACCCAGAGGGUUCUUAGACACAAUGGUACACGCUGUAAUCGUCUUUUUAUUGUUUAUUUAUCUUAUCUAAAUGUCUAUUUUAAGUAUGUAUUUGCUUUUUUCUGAGGGUUUUGCGGGCGGGGUGGGGGCUAUCUAACAAAAUGUGUACGGAUUAUUUGUUAUGUGUGAAUUUCCUUUGAGUUGGACUUCAAACUGCGCCUGAAAGAACUGGAAGAUGUCAUCUCAGUUUCACUUUUCCUGUUUUCUUUUUGUUUGUGCGAUGGUCAGACAUCCAGUCCUCCCUUUGUGUUCUACAAGCUCCAUUUCUUUUCCUCUCAAUAUCAAAGAACUGAUGUUCCCAAUACUCUUUUUUUUAAACUUCUGUGAUCUUGCCAUGUAUUUGUACCGUCUUUAAAGAAUCUUUUGUAUAUGUAUUUGCAAUAAAAAAUGAAAAUGCUAU